AUGUUUGAGAAGACGCUCGCGGACCUCGUCAAGGGGAUCCGGUCGUGCAAGGGCGAUGUCUCCGUGUACAUCUCGCAGUGCAUGCAGGAGAUCAAGAACGAGCUCAAGGCCAACGACCCCUUCAUCAAGGCCCAGGCCAUCCGCAAGCUCACCUACCUCAACAUGCAGGGCUACGACAUGGGCUGGGCGGCCUUCCACGUCGUCGAGGUCAUGAGCUACGAGCGCUUCGCCCACAAGCGCAUCGGGUACCUCGCCGCGGGCCAGUCCUUCACGCAGGCCACGGACGUCGUCCUGCUCUGCACGAACCUCUUCAAGAAAGAGUUUGGCUCGGUCAACGAGUUUGAGGUCGGCCUCGCGCUCAACGCGAUGGCCAACAUCUGCACGACCGACCUCGCGCGCGACCUCCUCGGCGACAUCCUCGCGCUCAUGAACAGCCACAAGCCGUACGUGCGCAAGAAGGCGACGCUCAUCCUGUACAAGCUCUUCCUCCGCUACCCGCAGGGCCUGCGCCUCAGCUUUGACCGGCUCAAGGAGCGCAUGGAGGAGCCCGACGUUGGCGUCGUGAGCUGCUCCGUCAACGUCAUUUGCGAGCUCGCCAACAAGAAGCCCAAGAACUACGUCGGUCUCGCGCCGCAGUUCUUUCGCCUCCUCACGACGUCGUCCAACAAUUGGAUGCUCAUCAAGGUCGUCAAGCUCAUGUCGUCACUCGUGCCCGAAGAGCCUCGCCUCGCGCGCAAGCUCUUGGAUCCGCUCGCGACCAUCAUCCAAAACACGCCGGCCAAGUCGCUCUUGUACGAGUGCAUCUCGACGGUCACGACCGCACUUCUGUACACGCAGAAGAGCGACGGGUCCCAGCCCCGCAACGUGCCGGCCAUCGUCAAGCUCUGCAACGACCACCUGCGCCGCUACAUUGAAGACCCGGACCAGAACCUGCGGUACCUCGGCCUCGUGGGCCUGAGCAACCUCAUGCAGAGCCACCCGCACGUCAUCAGCGAGCACCAGCAGAUCAUCCUCGAGUGCCUCAGCGUCGAAGACACGACGAUCCGCCUCCGGUCGCUGGAACUCCUCGCGGGCAUGGUCUCGCCCGAGAACGCGCCGGCCAUCAUCCAGGAGCUCAUGCGCCACACGAUGGUGUCGGACGGCGUGUACCGGCAGGAGCUCAUCGUCAAGAUCCUGCACGUCUGCUCGCUCAACAAGUACCACAACGUGCAAGAUUUCGAGUGGUACAUCCGCAUCCUCUGCCAGCUGAGCAAGCUCCCGGGCAAGGAGGCCUCGUCGGUCCACGGCGCCGAGAUCACGCGCCAGCUCAUGGACAUCGCCGUGCGCGUCAAGGGAAUCCGCAGCGUCCUCGUCAAGUACAUGAUGGCGCUGCUCCUCGACAAGGCUGCGCUCCAGGACGCAGGCGCGGCCACGACGGCGCAGGUGCUCUACGCCGCGGGCUGGAUCGUCGGCGAGUACAUUUUGGACGACGACGAGAGCGACGGCGAAGAAGCCCGCCUCGAGAAGAUGGUCGACGUGGUCGAUGUCAUGCUGCAGCCGUCGACGACGUCGCUGCCCGCCAACGUCCAGGCCGUCUACAUGCACAACAUCCUCAAGCUGCUCAUGGCGGCCGCCGAGAAGGCCGACGACGCGACCGUCGAGCUCGUGGCCAAGAUGAUCCUCGAGCGCCUUCCCGCCUUUGUCCAAAGCGAGCACAUUGAGGUGCAGGAGCGCGCGUGCACGCUCGAGCACGUGGUCUUGGGCCUCGGCCUCGGCCUCGACGCGCUCUCGCCCGAGGACCGCGCCAACCGCGUCUUUGGCGGCGCCAUGAUCACGACGUCAGAUGGCCGCCUCGGCGUCCUCAACGGCUUCUUCAACGAGCCGCUCGCGCCCGUGGGCGCCAAGGCCCAGCGCAAGGUGCCGCUGCCGCCGGGGCUCGACCUCGACACGCCAUUCGCCAAGGAAGAAGCCGCGUUUCUUGUGGCCGGCGAUGCCGACGGCAGCACGACCGACGAUGAGGUGUCGUUUGUGCACUCGUCGCACGCCAAGGAGCCUGAUACGGGGUACGUCAACCUCGGCGCGACCUCGUCAAGUGACGAGGAGACGGACGGCGAAGACGCCAAAGCGAUCCUCGAGAAGCAGUACGCGAUGGAGCAGGAGCGUCUGCGCCAAGACCCGUUCUACAUCAAGCCGUCCCACAGCGCCGCGCCCAACGACGACAUGUUUGGCAACAUUCUCAAUGCACUCGACGCGAAGAAAUCCAAGAGCAAGAAGAAGAGCAAGACGCCCAAGAAGCAGCGUGCGAUCGUCCUCGACGACGUCAUGCCGGACGGAGGCGACUCGAGCGAGGACGAGGGCGGUCGGCGUGGUCGCCACGGGAAGCGGCGGUCGUCCAAGGACGUCGACUUGGCCGAGGUCGACCUCACCAUGCCGCUGCGGGACGACGAGCGCAUUCCCGACUCGCAUUGGCAGCACCGCCAGGUCCUCGACCGCGCACCGAGCAUGAACGACGACGACGACGACGGUGGCAAGAAGAAGAAGAAGAAGAAGACGAAGAAGACCAAGGACGAGCCAAAGCCCAAGAAAUCGAAAAAGGCCAAGGAGGUCGAGAUGGUGCUCGUCGAGGAAGAGGUCAAGAAGCCGAAGAAGAGCAAGCAGAAGAGCGGGAAGGAGGCCAAGGAAGACAAGCCCAAGAAGAGCUCCAAGAAGAGCUCCAAGAAGGCGGCCGACGGCGGCGGCGUGCUCAACGACGAACCGCUCCUCAUGUUUUAA